AUGGACAUUGUUGUUGGCCAUGGUGUUAAACUUGGUCGGCAAGUGCAAUUCAUGAGAGACUCUGCUCAAUUUCCAAAUUGUAAGUGGGUACAAGUGGUUCACACUGCUCCAGAGGACCUGAGCAGUUUCAAAUCCUACAGUAACCCCAUUUCAAAAGGUGAAACAAAACACAAAUCAGAAGUUGAGCUUUGCAAACUUGCUGAUCUUAUUGUGCCUGUUGGACCCAGACUAAAAGAAGCAUACGCUUCAUAUUUACAGCGAUCUAAGACAGAUCAAGAUGUUUUGUCCAUUACUCCAGGCCUUUUUGAAAGGGAGUUUGGGGAUUUAGUGGCAAAACAUUAUCCUAAUGAAGAUGGUGAAUUUAAAGUGUUGUUAUUUGGUCGUGGGGAUGAUGAGGACUUCGAACUCAAAGGAUACAACAUUGCUGCUCAAGCAUUUACUGAUCAACGGUUGAAAAACAAACCAUAUCGUCUAAUCUUUGUUGGAGCACCUGAAGGAAAGCAAGAAGAAGUUAGAAAAAAACUUCUUCAGAGUGGUAUUCUGAAAGCGCAGUUGACUGUUAGAAAAUUUAUACAAAGUAGAGAGAGACUGAAAGAUUUGCUUUGCGAAGCUGACCUUGCCAUAAUGCCAUCAAAAUCAGAGGGAUUUGGUCUUGUUGCACUUGAGGCCUUGUCUGCGGGACUACCCAUUCUUGUAGGCAGUAGGUCAGGAUUUGCCAAAGCAUUAGAGAAUGUUCUUCAUGGUAAUGCAUGCAUCAUGAAUUCAGAUGAUCCUGCAGAAUGGGCAAAAGCAAUAGAAGCUAUUCAUAUCAGGCAUGGAAUGAGGCUUCAAGAGAUAAAAUUACUGAGAGUAUCUUAUGGGGAGAAGUACAGUUGGAAGGAGCAAUGUGAUGCCCUUGUGAACAGAAUGCAGAGAAUGGGUUAUGGUAAGAGUUAUUUUUGUUGAGUGCUGAUGUACUUAAUUACACUGUAUUCAUGUUGUACCAUACAUCACACUAAUAUUGUUUUUUUGGCACAAUAUAUGCAAAAUGUAAGAGUGCAGUGCACUCACAAGCACUGAAUGCAUUUUGUUCUUUGACCAAAUUGUCGAGUGUACACACAGGUUCUAUCAGUUUUCUUUGCAAAUUUAGUACAUAUGUACAUGUACGUACUGUCCCAGAAUAUUUUACCGUUUUAUUGAAAGCUAGAUAAAUAUGUCCAAGACAUACACUCUGUAUAAAAUAAUGUACCUCUUUGAAAUCCUUACCCAGUAGAUUCAGUUAUUUUCCUAAGAAAUCAUGCACCUUCAAUUCUUUUAUGGUGAAGGAGGGAGGGGGGGUGGCAUGUAGCCAUACUUGAACUUCAGUGUUGUUAUUUUUAAACUUCCACUGAAGGAAAACAUACAAAGACAGUCAGUUUUGUGUUGGGAGGUGACAAACCUGCAAAUUAAAUUGGCUACUUGAAAUUUUGAGAUGCCUACUUUCCUUAUUAAUAAUGUAGCUCAAAGCUUGAUAAAGCUGACUGUAUAAACGUGUAGGAUUACCGUUUUGAAAUGCAAUCUUAAAAUGGAUCUAUAGUACUUUAAAAAGGUAUGAUGUUUUUACCAUCAAAUUUAUUCUGAAUUCCUAUUGCUUCUUGAGCUUAAAUGUUUUGUGCACACCUUUUAAAGUUGUAUUGGAAGUUGUAAAUGCAUAAAAAGAUCUGUGAUGUGUAGAAUAAGGGUCUCCUGCCACUUUAAGGGUCACAGUUGUCUGUGACCAUUAAUUUUUUUUUUUAGUGUUACAUAGGACGUGGUUCCACAUGAGUAGUUAUCGGUGGUGGAGAUGUGAAUGGGUUACAAAACAUACAGUUGUAUAUACGUAUAUUUUGUAAGAAGCUUAUAAUAAAGGCUUGUUCUCACAGCAGAUGCUUCUGAUAUACCAAAGGAUGUUUAUGUCAAUGAAAAGCAGCCCAUUGCAAAAGCUCAUGCUUCAGCUUCUGGAUUCCCAGGAGAGCAAUGUCCAGUUGAUGAACAGCCUAAAACUGAGGAUGCAGCCAGAUUAAAUGAAGAAUCUCCCUUAAUUUGCCAUACUCCUAGCAUUUCUGGGCACACUUCUGACCAAGGUAUGGAAUUGAAUUACAUUGUCAAGGUGCUUUAGGUGUUUUAGUGGCUUGUUUUAAUAAACUCUUUAGAAUUUUUUGGCCCAUUUAAAAAGUAACUGUUUUUAUUUUUGUCUCUCUGCUAUUCACCAUUUUCAGAUAGACCACGCACCUUGUUUACUUCCCAAAAUUUUGCAUAGCCAUUGUGUUCAAUUUUUCUUAGGACGAGUGUAAAACCCAGGAGAAAUCAGGGGGGUAAACAAGAUGCGUACAAGAUGUACGUGAAAAUGGUGAAUAGCUAAGAAUGCUCUGUUUGUGUAAAAGCUUUUUCAAACAAAGAGCUGAGGAGCCUCACUGAGUUCCCUUAUACAUUAGUAAAUAGUUUAUUUUUUUUGUUUAAUAGUAAUAAGAAGCAGUAAUUGACUUGUAGUUAAUAUCAGGGGCAUCCAACGACGGUUUCCUCCUAAAUACACUGAAAACACUUUUUGAGCUAUCCAGAGUGCAUGUACUUUCAGAUAUCUAGAAACACAUUCUAAGAGGCGCUAUAAACUUUGUAUCUGUUCGGUCAUCCUAGGGGAACUUGAGUCUUUUCGAAAGUACGAGGGAUUUCGUAUUAUUUUCCCGAAAAUAUUAGAUGCAAUUUAACGUAUUACGAAGGAGAAAGCUUUUCUGAUUCCUCUUUCCAUCACAUUUUUGAAUCUGAAAAUUGUAGGUUUCCUUUUUUCUAUGAAAAAUAGCCUAACCUGGAGAGUGAAAUGUUAAAAAUUAAACUUCAGAAAGUCAUGAAUGAAUGGAGCGGUCGGCUAGAAAUUUUUAGCCGUCCUUAAGUAGUAGAAAAUUCUAGGCAAUAUUUGCUUCUCCGAACAGAUAUUUUACAGAAAACAGUCGUUGGGUGCCCCUGUAAUAUGCUGUUAAUCAAUAAUUUUCAGAAGCAGCAAACACUAUUAAGAUGUCGAUCACCCUACGUGAUUUAAGUAGUGAACUGGAGGAUGUCGUGGAUAGAAUGUUAAGACAACAACUUGAAGUGUACUUGAAAUACAAUAAAAGGAACAAGCUUUCUACAGCCAGCGGACUGAGUGACUUCAUCAAGCAUGUAGAAGAUACUUACAACUUUACUUUAACAUCUGUGGGUAUGGGAUCUUUGGUAAUAAAAGGUCAGUGUCCUGACCUGCAAAGUCUGGAAAGUCUGUGGAAUGAUUAUUGUUGUGGUGUCCUGAAUGAAGCUGCAGAGAGGUUUUUAGUAACUGGUGAUAUGACGAAAGAAAUAGACUUGGUGACAAUCAGAUUAAAGACUAUUAUUGAGGAAGAAAACUAUUUUACUUGCAAGAAAUCUCUUAUGGAAAAGUCAGGUGAGUCUUGGGCAAUUAUCUUUGGACAAAAAAUUGAGAUAAUUCUCUGCUAGUGCUUUGUAGCAGUGUACUCAUAAGUAUACAUAUACAUCGUAUUAAUAAAGCGGUCAUCUCAGAGACUUCAGUCGAGAUAAUGGAACAGUUCAAUGUAUGGAACCGUUGCCAAUCAUUAUCAUUCUUGUGACGUUUUGUGUUAUGGUUUGUUGCCAUAUCCAAGCAAGUACUUAAUACAAUGGUAAAUUUGUAUAACAACAUUGUAAACUAGAUUAUACAUUUUAGGAAACUGCCCGGCCAAUGACAUUUUGUGUAAAGGUUGGUUGCUUAUGGCAGUGGUACUUGACAGCUAGAAUGAUCAUCGUCGUAAGGUGUUUCACUGCGGGGUGGAUCUUUAACAUGAGAACAAUAGAGAAUCUUCUGAGCUUGAAAUUUCUUCCCUGAAACAGUUUGCACAAAAAGAAGAGAUAAAUUAAUGAUAAUGCAUAUAAUAUUUUAAUCGAAAUAACAUUUAGCGUGUUAUAAAAAAAUAUGUUGUAACGUUUAGUGCAAGAGAGGUGGCUGUUAGUUGACGUUCACGUUCAUGUGUAGUAAUGCAGUAAUUGUACCUGGCUGAGGGUAUUUUCUGUAACAGUGCAUUCACAAAAUAUGAAUUCAAUACGUAUUUUUGUUAUUGUAUUCUGUGUUAGCAAUCAGCCGUAGCGUGUCACCUUCAACUGAAUCAGGUCAAGAAGCAGCUUCACCUCUAAUUGACACAAGCCCAGAUGAUUCUGAGGUAGGUGCUGUGUACUUGGGACUAAAAAUUAAAACAAGUAAAGACUAGAAAGGAAAAGAAAUCGAGCUGUUUCAUGGGGUGCACUCUGCAGAAAUAAUAGCUCGGAAAAAAGUAUGACAGUUUUCAAACCCAGUUCUUUUAGACAACAUCGAAGAGAAAGACUGGUUGGGUUUCAUUUAAUAUAAAUUGGAAUUGUAUGAAAAUAUUAUAAUGGAAUGAUUGAGCUAUUUUGAAAAAAUAGCUCUUAUUGCAGUGGCUUAAGCGUAUGUAUCUUUGUGGCUUUGUGUCUUUGUGUGCUCGGAUGUCUGUUGCAGGGGCCAAUAAGGUUGAAAGUACUAUGAGUUGAUGCUUCUAGGAACCAAUGACGGAGAUUUUGGCAUCUAAACAUGACAUUGUUUAAGGUCAAACAAGGGUACUUUGAGACCGCCAUCUUGGUUGCAUGAAGCGUAAGUUGAUUGCACAUGUUGUAAAGCCGAGGUGAUUUCUUAAAACCGUUUGAGCAAAUUUCCUAGUAAACAAUUUUCGUUUUUUAUUUACGAAUUGUAAAAGAGGCAAAGUCCAACGUCUUGACUUGCAAACUGUGUGCAUGAGUUAUUUUUAUAAUCCUGCUUACUGGAUUACUGUGUGAUCGAAUUCUCUUACGUACGAACUACGAAAUGGGCAAAGUCCAACUUUUUCACGUGCAAACUGUGUGACUGUAUUACUAUAACUCAUGCAGAAUGGCUUUUCUCAAUAAUAAUUAUAGUAACUUGAAUGUUUGAAGACCUCUUUAGUUUUGUACAAAUAGUACCUUAAGUAAAGGCUGUUUUCUUAAGAAGCAAUAAC